AUGGCUGGAGACGGCAAUGUCACGGUGGCCUCGAACGUCCUGGGCACCAUUGGGACGGUGCUCUGGUGCAUUCAACUUAUUCCGCAAAUCUGGUAUAAUUGGAAACAGAAGAAGACCGAUGGGCUUCCACCCUUGAUGAUGUUUCUCUGGGCUGCUUGUGCAGUCCCCAUGGGAGCCUAUAUGAUCCUACAGGGAGUGAAUAUCCCGCUACAAAUCCAGCCCCAGAUAUUCGGGUUCUUCUCUCUUGUGAGCUGGGGUCAGGUUCUGUACUACGGCCACCAAUACAGUCGCCGCGCAGCUACGGGAGUGGUGGUCGGCGCUGCGGUCCUGUUUGGCGGGAUAGAGGCCCUUUUGAUCCUCACGCUCAGAAUCCCCUACAACAAGGGAGUCACCUGGCCCGACCUGAUCGUCGGCAUCGUGGCCGCCAUCCUGUUGGGACUGGGGCUCGUCCCGCCGUAUUUUGAGCUCUGGAAGCGAGAUGGCCGCGUGGUCGGAUUCAAUUGGGUCUUCCUGUCUAUCGACACUUUGGGAGGACUGUUUUCCCUCUUUGCAUUGGCGGCGCAGGGUUCCUUCGAUAUUCUUGGGGGGAUCAUGUACAUUGUUGUCGUCGUCCUGGAAGGUGGGAUCUAUGCGAGCCACAUUGUUUGGCGGAUUCGCUAUCGCGCCGUGCGGAGGGAGGCGAAGGCCACGGGCAGGAACAUUGAUGAGGUGCUUGAAGAACGGUCGAGGUGCUUGGGGGCCUCUGAUCCGGAGAAUUUGAAGGGUCCUGUUGGUGGCACGGCGGAGAGUCAAGAGAGUGGGAGUGAUUGA